AUUGGGGGCGGGGAGAAAGCCGGAGAAUCGCGCACGCGUCUUGCCCACGCGGCGUUUGAACGCGGAGGCUUCCGUAGCGGGAGGGAGAAAGAUGGCGGCGGCGGUACUGGAGCGUUUGGGUGGGUUAUGGAUGCAGAAUCUCAGGGGGAAGCUGGCUUUGAGGCUUCUUUCGUCUCACAGCAUUUUACCCCAGUCGCAUAUCCACACAAGUGCUUCCGUUGAAAUAUCUCGAAAAUGGGAGAAGAAGAAUAAAAUUGUUUAUCCUCCACAGCUGCCCGGAGAACCUCGAAGACCAGCUGAAAUCUACCAUUGUCGAAGACAAAUAAAGUACAGCAAAGACAAGAUGUGGUAUUUAGCAAAACUGAUACGAGGAAUGUCUAUUGACCAGGCUUUGGCUCAGUUGGAAUUCAGUGACAAAAAGGGGGCUCAAAUAAUUAAAGAGGUUCUCUUAGAAGCACAAGAUAUGGCAGUGAGAGACCACAAUGUGGAAUUCAGAUCCAAUUUGUAUGUAGUAUGGCUCUGCAGCUCUUCUUUUUAUGAGAUGAAGUCUUGUUCUGACCUCUUCAAUCUGAGUUCACUUUGUGACUUCUGCAACCAACAGAAUGUGGCAGAAGUGUCCGUUUGCAGGUUUUCAGCCUUUGCCCUGUUUGCUUCCUUUUUCUUUCUUGGAUGUCUGCUUCUCCAUGUAAACAAGCCCAGGCUGACCUGAUGGAAGAUGAGAGACCAUGUGGAAGAGAGCAGUGGGCCCCGGCUUACAGCCAGCCAACCACUAACCAUGUGAGAGAGUCCAGCUGCCAGUCCAGCAGAAACUAAUGACAGAAGCAUGAAUGAGCCCAGCUGAGAAGAGGAAAACUGCCACAAACUGACCUACAGACUCAUGAAGAAAUUACUACGUUCUUCUUGUUUAAGCCACUGAGAUUUGAGGUGGUUUGCUACAGAGUAUUAGCUGUGAUAAAUAUUUCAAACUUUGUACCCUAAGGAGAAUACCUAUCCUUUUCAAAUGUCUGUAACGAUUUGUAAAAUUCUACAAAUUUAGGAUCUCUAGUCAGAAUCUAUAUUGAUACUACAAUUGUAAUAUUGAUUUACAAAGGUUUCAGAUUCUCUCAAAAAAGAAUAUAGACCACUUUUUAAAAUUAUAUUGUCCUAAAACCAGAAA